AGGACUGCUCCUCGCCGGUAAACACCGAAUUCGAACACGACCACACAGCCACAGACCACACCCAACCAAACCCUAUCGACGGACGACGGCUACCGGAAAGACGGAAGGAGGACGCAAACCUAGAAACAAGUUCCUCUCCCUCGAGCUCUCACUGCCGCUGAUCGCCAUUUUGCACGGCAGCACCUCCAGAUCUAGUCCUCCCUUCGCAUCGAGCAUUCGAGCCAUCGACCCAGAACGCAGACACACACUUCUUCCUCUGUUCGUCUUCGACUUCACCUCCGUGGAUUCCAUGGAAUCAUAGGUUGUAGCUUCUGAUCUCCUCCUUCGAGUCUGAUUCGAGUGAUCUCCCUGGUCUGAUUUCAGUGAUCUCCUUUGAGUCACUGAGACCACCAAGUCUGACCAUUCAAGUCUGUUCUCGUCAUUUGAGCUCGUCUGAAUCUGAUUCGAGCGGCGUCUGCUCGAGCUCCAUCCAGUUUGCAGGGGUCUGAUGAUUUAUUUUAUAUGCCACCUCAAUGACCCUGCUUCCUGGGCAUGCAUUAUUUUUCACCUUACUUCUGACAAAAGCGAAAAGGAGCUUUGCUUGAAUGAUAAGUCCACACUUGAUUAAAUGUGGAGUUGGGGGCCCUCCCUUCACCAAUCCCAUGGGGAUAGUCUACAGUGUUCAUAACUGCUUCUCUUAGUACUGGAUGCUUACCUAGUUAACAUUUGGAUCCAGCUAUGCAAGUAUUAUCGCUUUAAAUCUGGCAAACUCUAAACAUGUAUAAUCUGUUUCAUUCAGCUCAUCCCAAAAGUAGAGCAAAAUGUAGAAAACUCAUAGGGUUGAGAUUGCAUCUAUAUAUGUUUUGGGAAUUGUUUAUUCCAUCAAAUUUUGCUACACCACUACUUAAUUCAAAAUACAGUGCUUUUAGAAUUUAUGGUUGGUAAAAUAUAUCAUUUUACUUGGCAUGUUGAAUAUAAUAGAUCUACAUUUGAGCCUUGGCUAUACAUUCAUCUAUGUAUCGUUAUGGUUUGGGCAUUCGAUUCUUUAGCUUGGGUUCCCAUAGUAGCAGGACAGCCUGGGAUCCAACUGUGUCCCUUCAACUCAAUUACCCAAGUCUUGUCUUGCUUGAGAAAUGCAGUUCAAGGAGUCACUUGAAGCAAGUUUUAGGGCAGAUUAUGAGAAGCAAUCUUAUUGGUCAGACAUUUCCAAUGAGCAGACUCCUAGUGUUCUCUGCCAUCUCACACCCUGAGAACUUAGACAUGGCUACAGUCCUAUUUGAACACUUUACUCCUCAUCCCAAUCUCUUUAUCUACAACACUAUGAUUUCUGCAUUAUCAUUUUCAACAAGUCAGUCAUUUGCUUUAUACAAUGCAAUGCUACGUGAUCAUGUGCUACCAGAUAAGCACACACUAUGUAGACUACUACAUUCUACCAAGUGCAUGGCGGAAACCAAGCAAAUCCAUUGUCAUGCUAUUGUUACAGGUUUGUUUCCCCAAGGUUAUCUACAAAAUACUCUUAUAAAAGUUUACUUGGAUAACAGAAAUUUGGAGAUUGCACUUCGGCUGCUACAUCAUAUGCGUGCUCCAGAUUCUGUUUCAUUCAAUAUCACCAUUGUUGGUUUUGCCAAGCAUGGGUUUGGUGCAAAAGCGCUGCAGUUAUUCCACAGAAUGGUGAAUUUGGGUGUUGAACCUGAUGACUUUACCAUUUUAGGUCUUAUUGUGUCUUGCCGUGAGCUAAGAAAUGUAAAGUUGGGAAAAUCUGUUCAUGCAUGGAUCCAAAGGAGGAAAGAUAUUGGUUCUUCAUAUUUAAUCUUGUGGAAUGCUCUUCUUGAUAUGUACUUAAAAUUCAAAGAAUUGGAGCUUGCACGAAAGACAUUCAAUCAGUUAGCAAAGAAGGAUGUUAUUUCUUGGAAUACCUUGAUUGUAGGUUGUGUCAAGUCUGGGGAACUCAAACUUGCUCAUGACUUUUUUGAUCAAAUGCCUUGCAGAGAUCUUGUUUCAUGGAACUCUUUGAUUGCUGGAUAUGCUCAAAAUGGUUAUUAUUCAAUGGUAGUUGAGUUGAUUAAGAGCAUGCUUGCCCAUAAUGUGAGUCCUGAUCGCCUUACAAUGGUGAGCUUCAUCUGUGCUGCAGCAGAGAUUGGAGUACUGGAUCAAGGGAAAUCGGUGCAUGGCUGGGUAAUAAAGAAGACAAGAAAGAUGGAUGCAUUUACGGGUUCAGCAUUAAUAGACAUGUACUGCAAGUGUGGAAAUGUAAAAAGUGCAUUGACCAUCUUCCAGGAACUACCUAAAAAAGAUGUUGUUGUAUGGACAACGAUGAUUACUGGAUUUGCAUUCCAUGGUCUCGGAAGCAAAGCUCUGGAACUGUUUGCUGAAAUGCAGAAGUCUGUAAAGCCAAAUGAGGUAACUUUUGUAGCCAUUCUUACAGCUUGUGCUCACAGUGGCCUCGUGGAUCAAGGUAUAAAAGUUUUUCACGAUAUGAAAGCAAUUUUUGAUAUUGAACCCAGAGUGGAACACUAUGGGUGUUUGGUUGACCUUUUAGGGCGAUCAGGGAGGUUGGCUGAGGCCAAGGUUGUGCUUGACACAAUGCCAAUGAAACCAAGUCGAUCUGUUUGGGGGGCUAUGUUGAGUGCUUGUAGAGGUCAUGGAAAUGUAGAACUGGCUGAGAUGGCAUUGACAAAGUUGCUAGACUUGGAGCCUGAUAAAGAAGGUGCAUAUAUUUUGCUGUCCAAUGUUUAUGCUGCAUGUGGCAGGUGGAGCUAUUCAGAUCACAUUAGAGAAUUCAUGGAGGGUAAGGGACUUAAGAAGACCGUUGGUCUAAGUAGUGUCUCCAUUGAUGGGGCUAUUCAUAAUUUUGUGGCGUCAGAUAUGCGGCGGCUUCCUAGUUGGGAGGAGAUGCAGCAUGUUUGUAACUUUCUGAAUAGGCACUUGCAAACCAACAGGUUGUUUGAAGAUGUUUUUAAGGCCAAUCAGUCGCUGCAUCGUGUAAUUCCUUCGUCUCAUCCUUACAUGGAAUUUCUUUUACAACGUGAACUGCUUCUGCUGGGGGUAAAAAUGUUUACUUAUAUGUUUAAUUGGAUAUCUACCCCGAUUCUUAUUGGAAACACGAUUAUUAAAUUUGUUCGAAUUAUAUACCUGUUUCUCAAUUUAAUUCAACUCAAUAGGUCAAGUUAAACUUUAUUGGGUCCA